CUGUACCAUUCAAAACUCUCUUCCCGUGAAAAGCCCAACACAUCUGACAACUCUCUUUAACACCUCUCUAGCUCUCCAUUUUUCUCUUUCUCUGUGUAUUUAUACUACUUUUCUGUAUCACUCUCUUUUCCUCCAUUAAAUUGGAUUCUUGACCUCAAAAAGAUACUAGUAUUAAAGCUUACACUCUUUAAUUCUUUCCUCACUUAGGACUAAGAAUUUAGCACCAAUUUUCAUGGGACUUGUCUCAAUGUUUUGGGUGUUUUUCUUCAUUCUUGGAAGUGUAAUUUUUCAGCUUUCUCAGAGUGCAACUGUAGUGGUUGAUGGAGUUUCAGAAUGGAAAAAUCCAACUGUCCAAAUUGGAGAUUCCAUUAUAUUCCAGCACAAGAAUCAGUACAAUCUCUACAUUUUCCAGAACCAGAAUGCCUUCAAUGUCUGCAACUUCACUCAAGCUACACUUCUCACUAAAUCUGAUUCCAAGUCUUAUACUUGGCACCCAUCAAGACCAGGUUUAUUUUACUUCUCAUUCAACAAUGGAACCAAUGCAGCAUGUUUACAAGGCCAAAAGCUAGCAAUUAAGGUCUCUCUUUCAACUCCGGCGCCGGAACAUCCACCGGCGGGAUCUCCACCGGUGAUAUCUGGUGGCGUUGUAUCAUCUUCUCCGGCAUACCCAUGGCCCUUUCAGCCGCGAGAAACCACUUCCCCUAGCCCUGCACCUAGUGCAUUAUUUCCUGCUAAUGGACCAAUGUUGCCGGAAAAAGGUAGUGAUAUUCCGUUUAUUAAUAGCAAUCCGGCGGUUCCUUUGCCCACCGGUGAAGUGGACUCUGCUACUAUCCGCCCUUUGCCUACUUCUGGUUCUGCUCACCAUAUAAUGCAGGUGGUGGGGUUUUCAGCAAUUGAAAGAGCUUUGUGCUGUGCAAUUUUCUUAAUGCUGCUUUAGACAAUGCAAAAGAAGAGAGAAAGAAAUCUUUGCAAUUCAGUAUUAUUAUUAUUAUGUAAAAAGAUAGAGUCCACUAUGGGGAUGUAGUUUUGAAUCUAAAGUAGUGUUAAAGGGGGUGAUGACCAUCAUGAUUAGGUCCAUGUAGUAUUAGUAUUAGCAGAGUAAUAUUUUGUAUAAUAUUUCUAUCCUUUGACCCUACUUUGGAAUCAUUUAUUAGCUUUUUCUUCUUCUCUUAA